GGAGAAGGAGCCAUCAGUCGCACCCCUAAAUUGGCCCCGAUCAUCUCGAAAUUAUACCGCUAGACCCGUCUAGCAUUCUAUACAUGGGACCUUGACUUAUUUGCACGUCGCGCUCAGAAGGCCGCCUAGGCGCGACUCCACACGAUGCCCGACAUCGACCCAGCGGCUUUGAGCCGGCCCAUGAUCUCCACAACUCCUAUACUACCUCCUAAACCUCUGAGCGCACAAGCUCCCAGUGCUCCGAAAGUCUCCAAAUCCAGCCAUGUGCCUCCUCGAAUUGACCUCGAGCCGCUGUAUACGGCGCUCAAAACCGCAAUUGGUGAACACUGGGGAACAUACAAAGAAUCUAUCAGUCUCUUUGUGAUGGGCCAGCUAAACCAAGCAGAACUGUCAGCACGAAUUGACAGCUUCCUUGUAACCCCUACCGGUGAUAUAGAGCAUCUACAUAAUCAAUUGGUUGCGGCGAUUUAUGGAAAUGUGACGCGGGAGAUGCCAGAUCAUGGCGUCGCAAGUUGGGUCAGUGCAAAUGACAAGCCGACCACAGGAGCCGGAAGCAAGCCCGUGAGCGGAGACGCAGCAGAACAAAGACUCAAAACGGAGGUAAUGCAAUUACCAAGUCGAGAUCGAAGGAGAUUGAAGGAUCUGAGCCAAAAUGAGUUCGAUCCCCAGGAUGCUUUUGCAAAUAUCUUUGGUGAACAUCGCCGACCCAAAGCUCCUAGACUCGCGGAUCAAGUCCCCGCGAGUGCUGGUGGCCUUAAUAAAACCAACUGGGACCUCGAGAUCCGGAAGAGGUAUGCUCAGCCACUUGCUUCGGAGUCAGGAGAAUUUCCUGACACCUCGACGAUUGAAUCACGAAUGCUGCCUAUUUGUUAUGAAACAGGACUUGUUUCUGGUCACGUCUCAGAUGCCGCACAUUUCAUGUCCGUAGCUACUGAAACAUUUAUUAAGGAAGUGCUUUCUUCAGUUUUCAGCAAGACUCGGAGUAAUGGCCCUGGCGCUAGUGGAAGCGCUGGUACCGGUGGAGGUGCUACAUGGGUACAAACCCACAAGUACCGCACCCAACUGGAAAGAGAAGAGGAAGCUUGUCUCCGAGGCGAGAUCCAAAGAGACAAAAGUGGACUGCUGCCUAUUGAAGCCAAGGCAGCCAGUGAGCGUGGCCCUCUGGCUAUGGCUGAUGUUCGCACUGCACUGGAACUCGGAGACUGUGGACUUGGACAAAUGCCGGUGGUAGUCCAGCAGAUCAUGCUAGGCUAUCGGGAGGGCGAGGUCGAAGCAUGGGACGACUACUCUUGGCCUGAGCCAUAUGUGAGGGUGGUCGGCGAGGAUGUUGAUGCGGACGUGGAAAUGGGAGGCGUCAACGGCGUCUAUGGAAUCAAUGGUGUUAAUGGUCACACUCCGGAUGACAACUCCCUAGGGUGGGAAGGCGCUGACCCAGAGGACAAACUUGCCCUCGACAGUUUAUUGGAUUCUUGCCUAGCCAUUGGGUCGUGAAGGAUCAGUUCAAAGGGAUCUCUUUUUAUUUGUUUUGGCAUACUUAGGCGUUCGCAUUGCUUUACACGGUUGCAUAGCAUGGCAUGCAAGGAUACCUGGAUCUCGGCAACUGUACAGUGUGAUGUAUGUAUAAAAAGGGCGCACGGGGCGGGAGUCUGGAUUGCGAUAGGAUUUCCUGCACUUGGACGAUACCCUGAUUGACUUUGAACGCCAAUUGUUGAUAGCAAGACAAUGAGAAUAAAAGAUUG